GAACACAACCUAGUGAACAGUAAACAACAUGGCGUCCUCGCCACUUCGGUAGUGCAGUUAACAAACAUCAUGAAGUUAGACAGUUGUCUUCCUAAGGAUUCUUAAAAAUACAAACAAUAUAAAAUGGGUGCUGGGUGCAGCAGCGAUCACGGUGGAUAUAGAAGCAACAUCAUUGGUUCAGGUGUCCCAAAUCUUAAAAUAGCAAUAGUUGGUGACACGGAAGUAGGAAAGACAUGUAUAAUGUUAAGAUAUCUAAAAAAUCAAUUUAGUCCCAUGUACAUUCCAACCAAAAAAGCAGUCAUAGAGAGUGCAGUGAAGAAGAUAAAUGUUCCUGGACACACAGUUGCCUCCCUUACAAUCUGGGAUAUCCCAGGGAGGGAGGAUAUGGACCUCCAUAAAACUUACUUCAGGGACCUAGAUGCAGCAAUAGUUGUAGUAGAUCUUACUGAAAUGAACAGCAUAGAAAUGGCGCCUGUUUGGAAGCAGACCAUUCUCAACAACACCUUUGUUACCUGUCCGGUGAAGGAGGCCUCCCAUGGAGGCCAGGUGAAAACGAUGACCAUGGAGGAACAUCCGGUCGAUAAGGAGACAUUUCCAGUUCUCCUGAUGGGAAACAAAUUUGAUGUGAUUGAACAAAAAGUGCAAGCAGAGAGAUUAAAGAAAUAUGCACAGGAGAGCCAGGAAACAGAAGGUGAAGAGAAACGUGUGUGGUCACUAGGAGGCCCACUGACAGAGGAGGAAAAGCCAGAGUGUAUCAAGCUGCUGGAGAAACAAGCAGAGGAUCACAACUUUCAUGCUAGUGUGAUGGUGUCAGCAAGGGAUGGAGACGGCUCGGUGAGGGAGGCCAUGCAGAAUCUUGUGAGGCAUGUCUUAGAAAAUAAAUACUCAAUGAAGAAGUACCGCAAUAAGGGAGACUCCAAGAAGCACAAAGAGAAGAGGAAGAAGGAAAUUGAGGGGCUUGAUAAGACUGGCAUAAAAUCAUUUGAUACAGAGUUCAUAUCAGCCAAUACCUCAGUUAAGAAGAUUACGACACUGCGAGAGUUUUACAACAAGUCACUGACCAAGUUCAAGGAAGGUUGUCAGUUAGCUCAGAUUGUGGAGAAGGAGGAAAACAGUCUGGAGGACUGUGUAGCAGCAUUAAAGAAAAACAUAGGAGAGGGGGCCAAACUCAAGGUUAAAAAAGAUGAAGAUUUCUGCAAGCUGAAAGUUAGUUCUAAAGAUGAGGACUUUAAACCAGCCAAAAAGAUCAGAAUAUUGUUAAACAUAUUUCAUACUGAGUAUGCCAGUGUAUGUAAAUCUGUACAGAAAGAUUGCCCACUAAUGGACAAAAAGCUUCAACAGCAAGAUGAAGCCAUAGAAACCAUGUGCAAGGAAUGCUGGGAGGAGGUUGCUACGGUAGAACAAGGCCAGCCUCGCAGUGAAGAGGAGAUCAAGAGAAUUACUGACAUCAUUGAGACCAACAGAGCUAAGAUGCAGCAUGCCUGUUUGGAGGCAAGAGCUGCGGUGUCAGUGGUAGAGGACGCCAUGAAGAAAAUCAAAACGGCAUUUUUGUGGUGAACUUGAUUUCCAAAAGGGGAACUACUCUAGAUUAGUAUGCUAGAGAUUCCUCGCAAGAUUGAUGAUUACUCUAGCAAGCUAAUUAGGUUUAUGGCAAAGAUACUUCUGACUUGAUGCCACAUUUACGUAACAGUAGGAUAGAAAAUUUAACCAAGACUCUUUCAUGUAUUUGUUAAGAACCAUCCAGUAUCAAUAUUUCAUUAAUAGACUUCUUUCUCAGUGUAUUAAAUAAUAUAUUUAUUAAAAUAUCGGUUUUUUUCCAGGCUUAUGGUUGGUUGAUUGCAACCUCAUGUGAAUGUAUGUAAAUGUAUAUAUCCUCAGUACUUUUUGAAUACAACUUAAAAACAUUUCUUUAUUUAAUUAACUUUCAAAAAUUUUUAUUCUUUCUAUAACUUUAUAUCUUUUUGAAAUUUUUAGGUGAUUUUUGCAUACAGAUUAUUCAGUUGGAAAUUAUGAAUAUUGUCGAUGAGUUGCUUUAUUAUGUUCGUGACUUGCACCUCUUCUUCUGUUCAUGUACAAUGUUCUAAACAAAACAAUUCCAGAAUGUAAAUUAUUGUAAAAUUUAUCAUGAGUUGCUUACAACGAAUCUCUUUUGAUGCACAUUUGAGGGUGAAAUUUAGGUCUUAAAUUCAUAAUUAGUGGUAGUUUUAUAAUGAUGAUAGGACAAUCAAAUGAUGUGUUUGUUGCAAGCAAUCACUAUCAUUUUAGUUUAAAUUAAUACUGUAAACAGGGUUAUUUUUGCCCCCUCCCCUCCCAUUUGCCUGUAUUCACUUGCAAAAGGUUUCACUCCAUCUUGAAUUUGCAAAAACAUAUUUUUGUAUAAAGAGAAUUAUAUAUAAGACAUUAAUAUUUGCCAAUUCAAAAAUUCGCCCAAUCACAUGGAGGGGAAUGGGGCGAAAAUUAAACAGGCGCAAAUAUUUCCCUGUAUACAGUAUCUGUACAGUGUAGAAAGGAUGAUGGAAAAAAUAUUAUUUUUUUUUCCAAAGAUUGUGAUAUGCUGGGUGUGUGAACCCUAUUAUUCUUCCAAUACAUCAAUCUGAUUAAAAUACAGAUCUCUUCAUAAGCGCACAGCGCUCUCUGCGCUGUGCGCUUAUGUAGAGAUCUGUAUUUUAAUCAGAUUGCCAAUACAUUAACAUAAUUACAUGUACUUGUAUAUUAUAUUAUGUGUUAUGAACUUUUCAAAUUUAGUUUCUGUGAUAUUUUGACACAUUUAAUUUUUAUUUACAAAAUGAUUUUCCUUCUGUUCUUGAGAAGCUGGUCUUCACUUGUUAUCAAUGGUAAUAAAAUAAUUCAAAAUAC